UAAAAAAGGCAGCGGCCAAAAUCACAGCCAUCCGUUCUCUCCCUCUCUCGCCCGAGCUUCAAUCUCCUCAUCUCAAUCUCCAUCUGCAACUGCAAUCUCCAUCGAUCUUCUUCCCUCAGAUCGCAGCGCAACCAUGAGUGACCAAGGAGAGAAGACUUGUCCCCUGUGUGCUGAAGAGAUGGAUCUGACUGACCAGCAAUUGAAGCCUUGCAAAUGUGGCUAUCAGAUAUGUGUUUGGUGCUGGCAUCAAAUAAUGGAUAUGGCAGAGAAAGGUGAAUCAGCAGGGCGCUGUCCAGCUUGUCGCACUCAAUAUGACAAAGAAAAGAUUGUAGGGAUGACCGUAAAUUGUGAGAGAGUGGCCUCUGAAUCCAAUAUGGACCGCAAAAAGAUGCAAAAGUCAAAGCCGAAACCUUCUGAAGGGAGAAAGCAACUAGCCAGUGUGCGAGUGAUUCAAAAAAAUCUUGUUUACAUUGUUGGAUUGUUACUUGAUCUGGCGGAUGAAGAUCUUCUCCAACGUAAAGAGUACUUUGGUCAGUAUGGAAAGGUUUUAAAGGUCUCCAUGUCUCGAACAGCAUCUGGUGCCAUCCAACAAUUUCCAAACAAUACAUGCAGUGUAUAUAUCACUUAUUCCAAAGAAGAGGAGGCUGUACGCUGCAUUCAAUCUGUCCAUGGGUUUAUCUUGGAUGGUAAAUCAUUGAAAGCCUGUUUUGGGACAACCAAAUACUGCCAUGCAUGGUUGAGAAAUGUGCCUUGCAACAAUCCUGAUUGUCUCUAUUUACAUGAGAUUGGUUGUCAAGAGGAUAGCUUCACAAAAGAUGAGGUCAUAUCGGCCCAUUCAAGGAGUAGAGUGCAACAAAUCACCGGGGCAACAUAUAAUCCGCUACGUCGCUCAGGGAGCGUGCUUCCUCCACCGGUGGAUGAUUAUUGUGGAAGCAGUUCUGCUGCAAAUUCAUUUGUAAACGUUCCUUCAAAUGUGACUUCUAAAGCAACAAGUCCUCCCAAGAGUUCUCCACCUAAUGGGAGCUCUGGUAGAUCCACUGCUCUUCCUGCUGCAGCGUCAUGGGGAACACGUGUACCGAAUCAGCAGUCUGUAGCAGCAACAAUUACAUCAAAAGGAUCUUGUGAUGAAGAAAGAACUACGUUGGAAAAUGGAACAUUGGUUUCUGCUGCUGUUGUGAAAGCAGCUAAGCAACCAUCUCGCAAAGAAGAAAGUCAAACAGUGGUCAGAAUGAGUGAACUUGGAACAUUGAAGUCUUUGCAGCAUAACAGAGCUAAUUCACCUGAUAGAGAUCUUACUAGCAAUCAGCAAUCCAGUUCAGUAGAAUCUUCCUAUGAUAACAGAGUCAUGAAUGAGCCUUCAGCUGUUGUGAAUUCUAUGGAUUAUACGGAAGGAAUUGCUGGAGAUGGUCUUAGUGUAAGCAACUUGUCUACUGAUGUUGCUCGGAUGGGGAUAACUACUAAUUUUAAGAAUGACCAUCCUCAUGUUCCGGCAAUUCUCGAUAUUCAUUCUGAUCAAGGUUCUAUUAGACAACCUGGUAAUGAAGUAUCGAAGUUGCCACAAGCGGAGCAAUGUAGGAAGGAUCCUCCUAUGAGAACUGAUGAGAAAUCUGUUGUGAGCCGAGAGUCGGGUUGGAGGUCAGGCUCACAACCGCAAAUGCAAGUUAGAUCAAAAUCAGAAGUCAAGGAUGUCAUAUCAUUUGAUGGACGACAAAAUGUUGGAGAGGUUGUAAGCCAUUCAUUGCCUAACCCAAAUCAUUUGGCUUUCGGUGCUUCCCCAGUCGGUGAAAUUUCUGGUGCUUUAACUUUGAAUGCUGAUUCAUUCUUGGGAAGUAGAGGUAGCAACACAUUACUUUCACCAAAUGGAUUUGCAGAGAAAUCCAUGCCCAGUGUACAGCAUUCACUCAUUGGCCAAAAUAGAAUUCAGAAUGCAGAGGAUGAUAUAAUCUCAAGCAUUUAUUCUCUCGACUUUGAUCCGUGGGAUGAAUCCUUGACCUCACCGCAGGAUUUGGUAAAGUUGCUCGGUCAAGGUGAUCAGCGAGCUAGUUCUCUUAAGCCUCCGAACCUCCUACAGCCGCAGCAAAACAGUCAGUCCAGAUUCUCUUUUGCUCGGCAGGAUGAACCUAAUCUCCUAACGUCGCAACAUUAUAAUCAAGCUCUUGAAAGCCAGAGAUAUGGCAUUUACGGGCAAUUGCCAAGAGAUCAGCCUGCCUUCCAGGAGUCUGGGGUGAGCAGAAAUGGAUUUGCUUCAAAUUAUUCUGAAAGAUUGGAAACCUUUGCUUCUGCUAGUCCCACCUUCCCUUCUUACAAGAUUCCUGCGUCAAGAUCCCAAAUUUCUGCUCCACCCGGAUUUUCUGCUCCCAGCAGAUUGCCUCCUCCUGGUUUCUCUUCACAUGAAAGAGUGGACCGGUCUUCUGAUGCUGUUGCAGGAACUCGAUUGCAUGACUCGACCUCUUUGUUGAGGAAUACAUAUCAAAGUGUAAAUCCGGAUAUUGAAUUUAUGGAUCCUGCAAUUUUAGCUGUUGGGAGAGGAAGACUUCAUAGUGGGUUGGAAAGUGCAGGCUUUGAGAACGAUCCAAGGCUUCAGCUGUUGAUGCAGAGCCAUGAAUAUGGAUAUCAGGAUCGAUAUGGGAUGGGUUCGAGGCUAAUGGAUCAGACGCAGGGAACUAGUUUAUCUCCUCAGCUGCUACCUAAUAGACAGCCGUCUCCGAAUUCAUUGUUGUCUAAUGGUGGUGGUGUCUGGGAUAAUAGGUGGAAUAAUAAUGAAGCCCAGGGCGGAAACAGUCUCGGCAUGGCGGAAGAGCUUCUGAGGAGGAGUGAUCAACGGUCGGGAUUUAACAGCAACCUCUAUAACAACGGUUUUGACGAAUCCAGAUUCCGGAUGCCCGGUUCCGGGGAUCAUCUGUAUAACAACAGAACAUUCGGGAUGUGAAAAUUCUGCUCCGGAAAACAUCCUCUGUUUGGAAGAUGUGAUGGGGAAUCAUACUGAGUACUGCUCUUCUCCAAGAGAUAUGAUCCAAAGGGCAGCUCAGAAGGGUGUGUAUCCUCACUACAAACCGGUUUUGUUGGUGAAUGAGAUUCUUAGUAGGGGGAGUUGUAGUUAGUUCUUCAUCCAUAUAGAGAAGAGAGAGCCUUGGAACAGUUUUACAUGAAAAGGGUGGUGGUGUAUAUGUAGACAUGGUGAGAAAUGGUUGCAAACGGGAAUAUGAAUAUCAUCGUGUUACCCUUGAGGUAUGAGUUUCUAAUGAGCCAUUAAAAAAAAAAAGUAGUUUGCUUUUUCAAAUUAAAAAAAAAAGGAACAAAUAGUAUUCGUAGCAAUCUUGGAAACGCGAAAAGUGACAGACAGACGGAGCCUAAGAUUAUUGAAAAAUAAGAAGAGGUGCAUGGGAAUCUACGUUUUGAUGCUUUGCUUGAAGAUGGAGUUUGGAAUAUAAUGGUGGGUCCAUUUGGAAAUUGUGUUCCAUUUCUCAAUAAAGUCCUCUACAUAACAUUUUUUUAA